GUUGCAUUGGAAAUGGAGAGGACAAACUAAUGUGAGGAGGCGUGACUUCGAUGAUGCUGAAAGAAAUCGUACCUUGUGCACACUGAUUUGUGCUCGGCUGAUCCAAAAUCCACCACCUCUUUCUCUUCAAUUCCACCAUGAAUUCUCCUCUCGGGACUGCGGGUUGGUCCCGACUCCCUCACGACCUUCUCCAUCUCGUAGCUGCGAAGCUGGUCCGCAUCUCCGACUACAUCCGAUUCCGCUCCGUGUGCAAGUCAUGGCGGUCCGCUGCGACGCCCGCCAACCUCCGCCCGCAGCCGCCACUGCUGAUGCUCCCGUACCACCCCUUCACCCACGCCCGCUCCUUCUUCAGCCUCUCCACCGGCAAAGUCCACGUCCUCUCCCUCGCUGAAUCCUACGGCAAGAUCGUCCUCAAUUCUGCCCAUGGAUGGUUGGUGAUGCUUGACAUCACGACCGCCGCUCUUUGCUUGCUGAACCCCAUCACCGGAGUUCAGAUCGACCUCCCGUCUACGGCCGACUUCUACCGCCUGCGUGCCGCACGCGUCUCCCCUGAUCUCCGGAACUACGACGUCACCGACCACAAGGGAAGGAGGGACAAGCUGGGCUUCAACAUGUCCUUCGUGGUCUACCCAUGGGAGGUCUUCCUGCCGACGAACCCGAGCUCGACCGGCAAUGACGAAGGCUGCUUCGUGUUCAUCUCGAUUCUCCACUCUCGGGAUGUCAUCUACUGCACGCCGGGAGACAAGGCGUGGACGACGCUGGAAGACGUUCUCGCGGCUCGCGCAUGGUCGAUGGCACACCGCGAAGGGAGACUGUACGUCCUCGACGGGCACAGUAACUUGUACAUGUUCGACAUGGCGGACCCCUCGAGGCCACCGGCACCGUUGUUGACGGUGACGGUGCCACUCGGCCUUGCACCGCUGUUCUCUUUGGCGUGCACAACGAGCAGGGAGCUGCUCUUGGUGACUUGUGAUCCGAGGUAUGCUCAUGGCGAUGAGACUCACGAGGAUGAUGAUGGGGAAUUCUUCCAAGCCUUUCGGGUUGAUGUAAGAGGAGAGACGCCGGAGUGGAGCAAGGUCGAGAGCGUCGGUGAGCGGGCGGUGUUUUGGACGGAGAGACAGUGUUGGUUGGUUGACGUCGGGGACUUCCAAGGAUGCAGAGAGGAUUGCGUCUACCUCUGGGGUGGGCGCGGCGGUCGACGAGGUGACGGCCGUGCAAGAGCUGGAGUUCAUCGGAUCGAGGCGUUCCGUAGAGAUGGCGGCGGCUUUGAGGUCUUGUUGGAGUGGGAGAGGUCUCCAUCCGAUGCGAUGUGUCCUCUUUGGGUCACAACAAACCUGCGAUAGAGAUGCUAGUGGAGCUAAAUUCGGUGUAUUGUAUGUGAAUUCGAUCGCUGGCGAGAAUGUUAAUGGUUUGAAACUUUAGGAAACAGAUAAGCUUGAGAUCUUAUACUUGCAAA